GGCCAGGUUGGUGCCAUUUCCUGGGACCGGACGCGCGCUGGUCACGAGGUGAGAAGGUGUCCGAGGUCGGUGUCGCUCUCUGGUCGCACCAACGACCUCCAGAGCCACCAUGGCCGGGGAAAUCGUUUAUGCCGAUCUGAGACAUCCUGGGAACGGGCCUUCCCCGGCUGAGAAAUGUCCUGCUCCUGCCCCGUGCCCGUGGUGGCACAGAGUCCUCCUGGCAGCCGGGGCGCUGGGGCACCUGGUGCUGCUGGUGCUGGUGGUGGUCCUGAGCGUGAGGGUUUUUCAGGGCUCUCCAGGUCCUGAAAGUGACCCCAGAGUCGAGAUCCAGGACAGGAACCAGUCGGAGCGAAGCAUCUUCCCAUCCCUGGUGCGGUACCUCUGCCAGCCCCAGGGGCAGAGCCCCCCAGCCCCUGCUGGCUGCAAGUUGUGCCCCCAGGACUGGCAGCUCCGUGGGGAGAGAUGCUACCGGCUCUCCAAGGAAUCUGGAACCUGGACCCGGGGCAGGAAAAGCUGCGAAGAUCAGGGCUCCGAGCUGGUGGUGCUCAAGAACGAGGCAGAAAUGCAACUGGUCCCUUCCACGUCCCAGGAGAGUGUCACAGGCAGGAUCCUGCAGUCGGUGUGGGUCGGGUUGAGGUCACGGAAGAAGAAGUGGACAUGGGUGGACAACACCCCCUACGACCCCCACAGGUUUGGGGUCCUGCCGGAGCUGGAUGAAGGGUGUGGGACCCUGAAAGGCAAGAGCUUGGAUGCUGAUGUCUGUGACAAUGACAACAAGUGGGUUUGCCAAAAAGACCCUUUCCAGCUCUCCCUGCCCACGGCAGGAGACGUUGGGAAGCUGGAUUGUGCCUCCACCUGACACACUCGGGCACGGACCCCGUGUGGUACAAAAAUAAAUUUUAUUACAAUUUUUUCAUGGUUUAUGCACCCCGAUACAUCAGCAGUAAAUUCCUGUCAGUAGCUUUUCUCUA